GUCGUACAGGAGGUCCAAGCCCCUGGGGAAGGUGAGGCGACGGGUCCAAGACCUCCGCGUCUCCUCUUCCUCCCGCCGUGACCUCAUGCCAGGCAGAGCCGCGUUGGACUUGAGCCACAACGAGAGCGCCCGACUGGCCGUGGACUCCCUCCUCAGCCGGGGGCCGGAGGGGUACCACCAGGUGUUGAACGCUGAGGGAGAAGUGGACUUUCUGUCAGAGCUGGAGAAGACUUACAUCCUGGAAAAUGGGAGUGAUGGCAACACCGGUGUUGAUUCUGGUGCGUCAGACGGGGGCAGUAACGACUUAGACAGCUUGUUUUCUGGCUCACAGUUUUCCACACAACGUUUUACAGUGUCGACAGACCGGAAUCCUACUCUGGCAGAUGCAAAGCUGACUGAUUCUGUCCUGGAUGAACCCAACGUUGAGGUUUACUGGCAGUCCGACACCAGGGCGGCCGGCAUGAAAGACCUGCUCAGAGAGUUCAUCAGAAAAGCUGGAGUGGCCCUGGCCAUAGUGAUGGACGUCUUCAGCGAUGUUGAGCUGCUCUGUGAUCUUCUGGAGGCGAGCAGAAAGAGGAAUGUGUCUGUUCAUCUACUACUGGAUCAUCUCAACCUGAACCUGUUCGUCAACAUGUGGCAGGACCUCAAACUCGACAGCAAAAGCUUCCCUAAGCUGUCCGUGCGCAGCGUGGAUGGACAAACAUAUUGUGCAAAGACAGGGAGGAAGCUGACGGGUCAAGUCAUGGAGAGUUUCAUCAUCACUGACUGGACCGAGGUGCUGACUGGCUCAUACAGUUUCUCCUGGCUGUCCUGGCAGGUCCAUCGUAGUCUUGCUGUCCUCAUUAAAGGACGAGCGGUUGUACCUUUCCAUCAUGAAUUCCUCAGGCUUUAUUCCAGCUCCAGACCCGUCGUCGGCUUUGUCACGUUCAUCACUGUGCCUCACACUCUUCCUCUUCACACCGCGUUAGAGGGAGCUCAAAACGGUAACACCGAUGCUAGUGAGUCAGGAUUAAGCCCAACCAAAACAAGGUGCCACAAAGUUUGGAAUCAAGAUGCUCAAAACACUCCGACGCAAGCAGAAAUCCGGGUUCCCUCCAACCCACAGAGAUACCCAGAUACCCAGCCUUUAAACAGAGCCGCCACUCGUACACAAGUGGGUGAAGAACCUCUUCAACUAAACCCGAAGCCUCUUGUUCAAUCUGUGGGCAAAUCCAAGCAAGCAAUGGGGGCGGUCCUCAGGCAGCAUGGUGCUCAAAAAGAUGCACAGCCUCUGGAGAUGAAUCAAACCCCGAUCCAGAGUCACUCUAACCGUCUCAAUCGGACCCACGUCUCACAUGUUCAGUCCCAGCUCACCAGCCUCGACAUCAACGCCACAUCCGAACAGCAGGAGACGCCACGAGAGGCUCUCGGCGUGCGGACUGCUUCCCCCACACAAGGGCAGCGCUGGAUAGUCAACCAGCAAUCGACCUUCAAGACCGAUCUCGAGCAAAGGAAUAGGACAGAGCCUUCAGGGACCGCUGCAGGUCCACACACAAAAGGAGAUAGAUGGACCUACUCAAAUAAAUAUACAUCAAAACUGGAGCAAGGAGCUAAUUAUCCCAGAGAGCUGACGCCUUCCCCGACACAGCAAAAACAGGCCAACACGGGUCUGUGGUUCCCUUUGAGACACCAGAGAGGACCGACAUCUGGGCCUCGGACUAUCGUGUCCUCUCUGGGAACCAGGAGGCCAGAUCAGCCCCAGAUUCCCCACCAGCCGAACAGAACGCACCGCGCUCCGCCUUCAGAGUCCACGGCGACGUGUCCUGAGCUCCGGCGGAACGCCAAGCUCUUCUUGCCAGGCACAGGAGCGACGCUAGAGGCCCAGCAGGGAAGGCCGCCUCCGAGACUAAACUGGAGGGCCCAGAGCCGCCUCCAAAGGCCGAGACCUAUCGCGCGCUACAGCUCCUUCACCUCCCACGGGCCGGGACAGGUGGACCCGAGGCGGAUGAAUACGUCCUUAGGAAGGAGCAAGAGCAUGACUGACAGACACGCCGGAGGCUUCGAUCCAACACUUGGGUAUACGGACUAGUCUUCAGAUAGAAACUGCUGUGACACUUAUUCUACGUGACAAUGGUUGUACAGGCCUUCGGUUCAUCCAGGGGGGGACAGGACCGUCAGCAAGCUCUUCGCUGCGGAGCAUCAGCCUCCAGCACGCCGGUCAGUAAGAUCCUGUUCCACCAGCGCUCCUUGAAGCUCUGCACACGCACAC